GAAAAAUAAAAAUUAAGCGCAUAACAAUUAAAUUGCUGUUGGUUAUAGAUUUCUAAACAAACCAACUUCCUUUUGAAUUUUUACUUAAUCGUGUUGGUCGAAUUUUUUUUCAAUCUAUUAUAAUCCGUUUGAUUUCCAAUAAUUUAGUAAUGCUCAAUAAGAAAAUUGAUUGAUAAUUUAUUUUUUAUUCAUUUUAUGUUACAUAUUUCAUCAGAAAAAUGACGGCCGCCAAGCGUGAAGGCAAAAAGAAGAACGUAGCCAACGAAGUGGUUACGAGGGAAUACACCAUCAACAUUCACAAAAGAAUUCAUGGGAUGGGCUUCAAAAAGCGUGCCCCCAGAGCUAUCAAAGAAAUCAAGAAAUUUGCUCAAAAGCAAAUGGGGACAAUGGACGUGAGAAUUGAAACUCGCUUGAACAAGCAUAUGUGGUCCAAAGGCAUCAGGAAUGUGCCUUACAGAGUAAGAGUAAGACUUGCAAGAAAGAGAAACGAAGAUGAGGACUCACCUCACAAGUUGUACACACUCGUUUCUUAUGUUCCCAUGGUCAACUUUAAAGGAUCGCAAACAGUGAAUGUUGAAAGUGAAUCAUAAAUGAACUGAUAAUAAACUGUCUUAGUUGUUUGAAAAAUAAAGAUGGUCAAUAAACAAA